AUGCUUUUGUUUUCUUACUAUAAAACAGUACCGUUGUCUUUGGUCAUAUUUUUUCUAAGUCAGGUUAGUUUAUUGAAGUAUUAUCUGAAAAAUAUCAACUUCAAUAAAGUUGAAAAGGAUGAUAGUUAUUUCGAAAAUAGAAAAUCAAGUGAUUCACGUCUAAGAUAUUGCGUCAGAAUGCACCAAUACGUGAUAAGAUUGAUGAACUGGAUACAAUUUUCUUUGAAAGGAAUCAUUUUCAUACAAUAUUGUAGUUACGUUUUGGAUAUUGCUGCUUUUAUGAUACCAAUAUUAACAGAAGAUUCUCUCGAAAUAAAAAUACGUUGCUUUGCUGCAUUUUCGAUGUCUGUAAUACAAAUGUAUUUCUUCUUCUAUUUUGCAAACGAAAUUCAAGUUGAGAGUACAUCCGUUUCGGAUGUAAUUUAUAAUGAAACCAAUUGGACGGAAGCAACACAAAAAGCAAGAGCAACUCUACUAUUAAUGAUGAUUAGAUCCCAACAAACAUUAUCGUUGAAUUCUGUAGCUAUUGGAAAAAUGUCUCUUGAAUCAUUUACAAAGAUAAUGAGAAUCUGCUACAGUACUUGCACAUUUUUCACAACAAUGUAUCACGAUUGAAGAUAUUUUAUUUUAUGAUUUUAUAGUUUUCUUUGUAAUUUUAGAAUAUCAGUUUAUAUAACAUGCGCACUUGGAACAAAUUUGCUGUAAACUACAUAGUUUAAUGAAUGUUAUCACUUUCUGUUGUUAUUGAUUGAAUGGAACAUAAAGACCUUUCUUUGAAUAAAAUAA